AUGAAUCUAUGGAAAAAGGCUUCCGGCGCCCUCAAAGACAGGAACAGCAUAUUGGCCGCGAGCAUCGCACGGCGGACCUCCUACCGCAAUCCCGAUCUCGAAGCAGCCAUCAUCAAGGCCACCAGCCAUGAUGAGUUCUCGCUGGAUUACAAGAACUUCCAGCGAGUCUUCGCCUGGCUGCGGACCUCCCCGGUCUAUGUGAAGCCUCUCAUCUGGGGCCUCUCCAGACGCAUGCUGAAAACGCGGAGCUGGGUGGUGGCCCUCAAGGGCCUCAUCCUUAUGCACGGUGUUUUCUGCUGCAACCUCCCAGCGGUGCACACCAUUGGGAGGCUGCCCUUUGACAUGUCCAACUUCAUGGACAAGCACACGAAGCCGGGCAAGAGGUGGAUCUACAGCGCCUUCAUUCGCCUAUACUUCACGUUUCUCGACCAGAGAGCCGUGUUCAUGUGCAUGGAAUCAAAGGGAGAGGUAAUGAAGGAGAGCAAGUCGAAAACAGAGGAACGCUCCAUAGGGCAGGAGCUGGUGAAGCUGCAGAAGUUGCAGACCUUGCUGGACAUGCUUCUCCUAAUCAAACCGCUGUCCAAGACAAUGCACAGGAGCACCCUGAUUCUUGAAGCCAUGGAUUGCGUUGUUAUUGAAAUUUUCGACAUUUAUAGUGCAAUUUGCGAUGGGAUUGCAAGGGUGCUCCUCAGAAUUUAUGCAGCCGGGAAGUUUGAAGCCAGCAUGGCGCUGAAGGUUCUCAAGAAAGCAACCAAGCAGGGACAAGGACUCGCUGCCUACUUCGAGUUUUGCAGAGACAUUGGGGUUCUCAAUGCUUCGGAGCUUCCGAAAGUCGAGCAUAUCCCGGACGAAGAUAUCCACGACCUGGAGCGAGUCAUCAUGAGUGGAGCUAAUUCAGGGAAAAGAAACAUGGAUGUUGUCGUCCCUAAGAAGGAAGAUGACAAAGCUGUGGUGGUGAGUUCUAGAAAUCAUGCCAUUGAUGAGCAUCAGAAUGAGUCAAGUUGGACUUUGGAGACUGUCAUUACAAAUGAAUGGGAGGUUUUUGAAGAUGAUUUGAAGGCCCGUGAAGGAAUUCAAUUCUCUUUUGAUGGAGAAAGGAUUGAAGACCACCCUUCGGCCAUUCAACCUUAUGCACCUGCUUAUAAUAAUCAAAAUUUACCAGAUUUAAUAAUUUUAUAG